AUGGAUCGACUUUGCAAGAAGAUUUACGCACUUGACGAAGAGAAACGACUUAGACAAAGAGCGAUGCUUUGUCAUGUCUACUGGCUCGCCCUACACGAUGAAUGGCAUCGUGCUAGAGAUUUGAUGCUAAUGAGUCACCUUCAGGCCAUUGUCGAUCAUUCUGAUACGGAUACUCAGGUACGUUUCGACAUUUAUCGUAUUCUGUACAAUCGUACCAUCUGCCAGCUUGGUCUUUGCGCAUUCCGUCAUGGUUUCAUCAAAGAGGCUCAUCAGGGCCUCUCCGAAAUCCAGAAUACUCAGCGAGCUAAAGAACUUCUAGCGCAAGCUGUUGCCAUGAGACAGCAUGAGAGAACAGCUGAACAGCGUCAAGUACCAUAUCAUAUGCAUAUCAACGUGGAGUUGAUGGAAUGUGUCUACUUAAUCUGUUCCAUGCUCCUCGAAAUUCCCCAUAUGGCUAGUUGUGAAUUUGAAAUGCGACGGCGAUUACUGAGUCGCAGCUUCCACUAUCAACUCAAGCAGAUCAAGAUUUCUGCUGCCUACUUUUUUGCCCCACUUGUUCCAAAUCUUUGUGUUUAUGAACGCUGCCCAGUUUUAGUCUUCACUUAUUGGACCACCAGAAAACACGCGUGA